CCAUAUUGGUUUACAUAGAAAGGCAUGCUGGGUAUGAAAAGAACAAGAUGGCGAGAAUAGGCGAGUGCGGCAGUCCGUGAGGCUAACAAGAAAGGACUUGGAUUCAAGCCACAGUGAACUAAUGAUGAAAGUUCUCAAAAACUAAAAACUUUAUACUCGCCAAGGGGAACUUAAUGCAGGGGUGACAUAUCGCCUCUGCCAACAACCAACAAAACUUAACCAGAAUAACCAACCAACCAAUUUAAAUGUUCCUGCCAACCACUGCCGCACAAAUGCUAGCCAUGGAGACAUUUGCCUUUGACAAAAUGAAGUCAAGUCGCCGAAAACAAAGCAAACCUAUACGGGUAUCUUACAGCGCAGAUAGUGAGGGGGGAGGAGCUGACCCAGGAGCAGCCUUCCCACCACAGAAACCCCCUGAGGUUGAGGAGGAGUUCGUCAAUGGAGCAGGCAGUCCUGGGAUAGACUCUGAGGGACCCAUGGAGGAGGAACAAAGAGCUUUUAACUUAGAACGAAGGAGCCCUAUGGAGCCCCAGAUACAUCCAUCUGAAAGAGAACUAAAUAGUCCUCUUGAAGAAAAGCAGACAAUACCUGUUGCUAGGGACAUAGACUCUCUAAAGGAAUUCCCGUCGAAGUAUCAUCAUCUUCAACAGAUGAGUGAGGAGAAAUGUCCUCCUCCAAUUUUUCCUGACAUGGAAGCCAUGAGAGACUCAUUUCCAACAAAGUACCACCAGCUUGGUAGUGAAUUGUUCCAAGGAAAUCAGUUUGAUCCAAAUGGAGAAGAAAAUAGAAGCGAAUUGAUGGAUCAAAAUGUGAAUUCUGAGGAUCCUGCUAAAUAUACAGAUCCUAAUGAGGAAGGACGUAAAUUGAACGGUUCUGGACGCAUUUUCCAUCAAGAUGCAUAUUGUGAAAUAUGUGAUCGUGAAUUCUGUAACAAAUACUUUCUUAAGACUCACAAGGCUAACAAACAUGGUAUUUUCGACCCUGCGCCUUCACCAUUUUCUAUGAAUACAUUACCACCAAUUAUGUCACUACCUCAGGAGCUCAGUCCUCCCCAGCCUGCUCUCCCUCCUCCUCCUCCUACGAUGCCUCCAUCAUCCUCCUCAUCUUUCAAAGUCAUGGACUUCAUUCAAAGUUUACCUGCCUCAGAACCUAAACCACUACAACUAGCAGAACCUGUAAAGACGCCUAAACCAGAGCUGGAGAAUACUCCAGUGUCUAAUGGAAACAGUAAUGCUGGCAGUAGUAGUAAUAGUGGGAAAGUCGGCAAGGACAUGGAAGACUUUUGUGAACUCUGUCAGAAACAUUUCUGCAACAAGUACUACCUCAAAAAGCACAAGCAGGAUGUGCAUGGAAUAGCUCCACCGGAAGGAUCCUCUACUGCAAAGCGUGGUGGCGGAGGUGGUCGAUCUAAAGACUUGCAAGCACAACUUGAUGCAAUCACCUCAUCAGCCGUGGCCUCUGCUACUUCUAUAGCCCCACCAAUGAUACCUCAUUCAAUGGCCAACAUGGCAGGUUUGCCCAACAUGGCAGGUUUGCCCAACAUGGCAGGUUUGCCCAACAUGCCUGGUGUCAUGGUUUUGAAUCCGUUCAUGGCCCCCAUGUUGAUACCUGCUGGAUCACUGAUGCCACCACACAGCCAGCUUUCAACACCACCAGGAAUGUCACAACCUCUUCCCAUGCCUGCAAGUAGCCCAGAGUCUUCUGCGACCACUACAACUUCAGCCAGUUUACCGAGCACACCAAGCGAUCCAAUGCGUGGAAUUUCUGGUGGAAUGGGAGUUCUUAAUGCAGAAGCUUACUGUGAAUUGUGUAGAAAAGAAUUUUGUAACAAAUACUUUCUCAAAGUACACAAAGCCAACAAGCAUGGAAUGUAUUUGGAUGAGUUUCCUCUAGGUGUGCCUGUCGGCCCUGUUGGACUUCCAGGAACACCAUUCAUACCUGCUUCUUCAAUUGAUUCAACCGCAAUUACCUCAGAAACCCCUGUAUCUUACUCUAAUUCAGAGCUUAACAAAAUGUAUGUAAAACCAGAAUCCAGUCCCAAACCUGGCACCUCUCUAGUCACUAGCUCUGCUAGCCAAGAUAAUUAUGUGACCUAUUGCAACUUAUGCAACCAAGAAUUUGCGAGCAAAUACACCUACCGUAUUCAUAGGAUCCAGGUUCAUGGAAUGCUUCAUGAAGGAUUAGAGGGAUCUCUUACAGAAGAAUUCAUGAGAAGUGUGAAUUCUAUGCGAGAGAAAGAGGAAGCAAUGGCCAAGAUUUCUCCAGGAUCAAGGAUGGUUGAGGAACCUCACACAGAGAACAAAGUUCCAGAAAAUGGCAUGACAACCAUGUUUGGUAAUAUGGUUGCAGCAAAGCUUGCUGAUCGUGUUACCUGUGAUAUCUGUAAUAAGGAGUUGUGCAAUAAAUACUUCCUUAAGGUACACAAGUAUAAAGUUCAUGGAGUCGGGACUCCCAGCGUGGAAAGGCAAGAAAAACUAACUAAAAGAAUGUUUGUUGGAGACUUUGAGACAAUCAAAAAUGGAAAGCCAAUAGCACCAAAGAUGAGAUCUGAAAGACCUCAUCACGCAAACCCAGUCAAGUCUGAACCAAAGGACUUUUCCCUACACAGCCCACAGCUGCCAUCCUCCCUGCCACUUCCAGUUCUUCCCAAGGCCAGUGAGGUUCCCACAGACCUCUCGCCUAGUGCAAUCCUAGAAAAACCUUCCCAUGAUGAGCUAGUCAAGAUGGGCAUUGACCCUGAGGCUUAUUGUGAAAUCUGCAAAAAGGAGUUUUGUAGUAAGUACUUUUUGAGGACUCAUCGCCUCAACAUACAUGGAAUUCGAAAUGAAAAGUCAGAAUCUCCAGAGAUGGAAAAGUUUUCUCUUGCCAACUUUAUGAAGAACAACAAUAUCAUAAACAACAACAAUAACUCUCACAACAUCAACAAUAAUAUCAGCAUGAACCACAGUAUGAACAACAGCAUGAACAACAAUAUGAACCACAGUAUGAACCACAGUAUGAACAUGAACAACAGCAUGAACAACAGCGUGAACAAUAGUAUGAACAACAGUAUGAGUAAUAUAAUGAGCAACAUCAUGAACAGCAGCAUGAACCAGAUGAUGAAUAACAACAACACAAACAAUCCAAAUACCAGCAGCAACAACAAGCCAUUAAACUUAAGUAUGAGUGGCAACCAAAAAGGCAAGAGUGGUUUUGAAAAGCACACCUGGAGAUGGAAGGAGCCUGUCAAUUCCUCACGUGUUAGUUGUGAUAUUUGCAAUAAGGAAGUUUGCAACAAAUAUUUUCUUCGUACUCACAAACUAAACAAGCAUGGUAUCUUGCCUAGUGAAAGUUCAUUGUCACCAAGUUUGAACAAUUCCCCAACUACCUCAGAUGUGGAAACAUCAAGUAAUUCAUCCUUGCCUACUGAUCUCAGCAUUCGUGAUAGGAGCAAUAUCAGUCCUCUUGGAGUUAGACUCGACAGCAACAUGACACGCAUGAAUGAAGAGCGCUUAAAGCAAAAAAUGCAUGAUGUACCAUCAAGACAUUUCAUGAAGAAUAUGGAGGAUGAAGCCAUGGCAAGUCGCUACUUCAAUCACUACAGUGAGGUAUGCUAUCUGUGUGAUCGUCGGUUCAAAAGCAGCAAGUGGUUGAAAGCUCACAUAAUGAAGGACCAUGCUGGCAUGAUCCCAGGAAUGCCAAUGGGUGCCAGAAAAAAAUUGAUGAUGGGCUUCGAUAUGGGUAUGGAGCAGAGGACAUGCCGCCUUUGUGAUGCUGUCUUUCCAAGUGAGCUCUCCAUGCAUCUUCACAUGAUCCAGGAGCACAAUGCCCAAGUCAGUCUGAACACAUCACAGCAGUCGCCAUCACCACCUGCGACACCAUUCGAGGAUGCCCCUAUGCCUCUCCCAAAGAGGUACCCGACCAGUCCAAAGUUUUCGAUGAAGCAUAGCUUUAGCGCCAAAAUCAAGCAAAGACUAUACACAUGCUCUGUUUGUGAUUACAAGAGCAAAUGGUUAAAUAAUGUCUGUUCCCAUGAAGUGAAAGUACAUCAUAUUAUAAACAAAGAAAACAUGCAGGUCAGACAGGGCAGCCACGGACUCGUUGUUCGUAAAACAGUCGGAAAUAUCAAAACAUACAGAUGCAUAACUUGCAAGCGAAGCUUCCCAUCUCCAAUUCUCUGUCAUCACCACAUCAGGGAGGAACACAUUCGUAAGAGGACAUUUAAAGUGAACAACAGAAAGUCGGCCAUGCGACACUCUUGCAAUUUGUGUAACUUUACAACUGGCUUCUCGAAACAGCUUAAACAUCAUCUGGCCCGUGUCCAUACCAAAAGGCAUGUCAUGUCGUCAAUGAUCCGCAACAACGGCUUGAGCAUGGACGAUGACGAUUCAGGGAAUAUUGUAAGCCAGCAAGGUAAUCUCCAUGUCCAAGCUGUUGAGGACCUCCAGGAAGAUAUGUCUAGCGAUGAUCAGCAGUCAUUCCAUCUGGAGGACUGCUCCUCUCAGAGUGACUUUCUCACCUCUGUGGUGAAAAUUCCAGUGAAGAGACGGUUGAGUGCCCCGGUGACCGUUACCUUUCUCCUCACCCCUAUGGAGCAGUGAGUAGGGGGAGCAAUGGGAACUGGUCAUGUGUUCAGGUAUUCGCAGUGUAUCUCUCAUUGGUAAUUUCAAACUCUUGAUUAUUUAUUACAAUUAUUUUAACAGAACUGUGUGUUUAUGAAAAUGGUUAUGUGCAAUCAGUUGACGGGGAUACUCUGUUCUAGUUGUGUGUUUUCCUGUGUUCCAUACCGUGUGUUGUAGUGGCGGUCAGCAGGUCGUCCACUUACUUAUAUCUUUCUGUUUGUUUCAAGGCAGCAGCUAAUUUUCAGGAAAUUAUGUAGAAGCUAUCUAAUUCUGCCUGCCCAGAAUCUCAGUAUUAGAAUUGGUUCGAUUUUUACUCUCCAAUAUUUAAUUUAUUGCUAUGGUUGGUUUUGUAGAUUAGUUUCCAAUUAUUAUUAUUUUGUCAAAUUUUCCUGAGUUCGAACCGAUUCAGUUUUUAUUAUUAUCAAUUUCUAGCAGAUAAAAUGAAAAUCUUGCCCUUUAUAUAUAAUAUAUAACUUUUUUUGUAAUUCAAGCACAAUCUUGACCUAAACCCAACAAAUUAAUAUAUUAUGAUAUUAAGAAUUCAUUGCAUUUAUUUAAUUGAUGAGUUUGAACUAAUGAAUAGUUAAAAGGUAUAUAUCAUUUGGCUAUUAGUGACUUGUUAUUUAUUUAUAGAGAUGAGGUUUUGUUUGUUUUGGGGUGUAAACUCUUGUGAUUUCUAUAUAUAUAUGACAGGUUUGAUGUGCUGUGUGUGUGAAUGACUACAUACAACAGGAUUGUUUUUCUCAGAUUUGACAUUGUUUUUCAUUUUGGUUGAAAUAUUUGCCUAACCAUAUAACUACAUGUGUAUAUCACGGUGUGUGUGUGUGGGUUUCCUCCAAGCUUGCCAUGGUCUUAAUGCUGCACCGACUAGCCAGCCAAUUGGUAAUGGUCGUCAGUCUCACUACUAUGUUUGAAUGUUUUGUGAACCCUAGUGCCAUUUUGAAUCUCAUGGUAACAGGUGAUCUGUUUCCUAUGUAUUUGUACUUAUGAGUAUGUUUAUACUGUUUGCCUUUACAUGUACCAGCAACAAUAUAAAUGAUACUCAAUACUACAAUACACGAUACCUUGCAUUAGUAAGUAAAUGUCCAUGUAACCUAAAGGUAUACAUGCUAUACCUUGUUUUUGUAUUUCUCUAUAUACCUAGUCAAUAUCUUCGUUCAAUAGCUUCUUCUUUUUUUUCCCUGCAUAGCUUUUGUCAUUAGGAAACACCCUAGAAUUUUAUGACCAACCAACGGAAUUAGAUAGCUGAUCAAAUCUAGCUGAUUGUCGUCAUGGAAACCUACAAUAUGAUUGAAUUAUUUUGGAAAAGCUUUCAUGGGAAUUUUUUCUGUGCUAAAUAGAAAAUCAAGGCAGAAAAAUAUUGGAUUUUCAGUUAAUAUUGACCUCUUUUUUUAAGUUAAACCAUGAUUAUCAAGAUUCUCAAUUUUAAUAUACAAAUUUAAGUUUGAUGUAUAACUAAUGUGCAAUUUCUAUAUGUUGGUGUUCUUUCCUGAUGUAUUGUAUAUAAAAAUUGUAGUAUAUUUUUCCUUACGAGUAUAGUGUUUAGCUACAGAUAGGUAACCCCUAAAGUAUGGCUGUGAUGUGAUGAUGACCAUCUGCUAUUGCAAGUUACAGACUUGAGCUUGACAUGUAACAAGAAUGUAUCUAUAUGGAGCACUGCCUUAUUAUAUAAUACGGGUCAUUUUCUAUUAAUUCAAAUCUCAAACUGGGCUUGCAAUGUCAGAGUCUUUGAAACCAUGCAAUAUUCACUUUUUGUGCAAUUAUUAUAUAUAUGAUUAACAAUUUUGUUGCUGUAAAAAUACUUAUGGAUACUAUUUAUGUAUGGAUUGCUAGAAGAUUGGUUUCUUUGGGAUUUAUCUUGGUGAUUUUUGUCGUCGAGGUAAUGCCCUUGAAAUGCCCUUGGUCGUGACUGAAAGGUUACCAUGAGAUUCAGAAUUGUCUUUUUGACCAGCUUGGUACUCACAACUAACUGACAGCAUUGUGUCUGUGUAAACACAAUCACAAAUUGUAAAAAUAGCAACAAAUUGUAUGAUGACACUUUUUUCCAUGUGUGUGUUUUGAUUGGUUGUUUGAACCCCUUCCCUUUUUCUCCUCAUUCCUAGAGAGUUCCAUGGCCAACAGGUUAUAUCUGUUGGCCACGCAUGCGGAUGAUGUGAUUAACUCUAUUUUUGAUAUGCCAAUUUGUGAGGCUCUUGUUUUUCCUGGCUUAACUUAUAUAAUCCUGUUUGAAUAUUAUGAAAAUUGGACAGUUACUGCCUGUAUAUGUGAAUAUAUUGUACUAUAGCUAUUAUAUAUAUGAUUAUAUAUAUAUGAUCUACCAGGUGUGGUGGCAUAGGACAGUUUAUAUCUGAGUUUGUUUUUUUCUUUCUCUCAUCGCAUAAGGAAGGGAUUUUUCUUCUCCUGUUAGAUAUAUUGAUAUGAUAAUGAAACAAUGGCAGACUAGGAGCUUCUGUGUUCACUGUAGAGUUUUUAUUGAUUUUGAGAGUGUGUAUGUGUAUAUUUCUCUACAUAUAAAUAUUUAUUGUGUGAUUUCAUAGUUUUAGACGUAUGCAUGUAUGUAAAUAGAUAUAUAUAUAUAUGAGUGCAAUAUGUGGGUAUGUGCAUGAGAGUGUGACGUCAUUUUGAUAUUAUUGGGAAUUGGUGCAAUGUUCACACUUGUGGUGCAGUUAGCUUACCUCUCUACCAUACUGUUAUUACUUACUAAACAUAACCAUUUCAUCAGGGUUUUUUAAGUCAUGGUGGGUAAGAAACCAGUAACUUCAAAAGAUUUUAGGUUAGAAACAUUUAAGAUAAUCAUAAACAAUGGGGUGUUUUUUCAAGAGUUAAAUCUUGAAACCAUUUAAAAGACUAUCAACAAAACCAUGUAUGUUAUUUAUUGUCUAGGUAUUAAGUUCAUGUCCUAAUCUUAUCAUGUAGAUUUAUAUGGAGAGAAAGGAUGACCGACAAGUUAAAGCUUGCAAAGAACACUUGAUUAUUAUUUAUUUUUUGUCUAACAAGCCAGUUUAUGUAUCUGUGAACAUAUAAGCUUCUGCUCUGCCAUUUAAUGAUGCAAGUAUAUAUAUAAUUCUAGUCUUUCCUGGCCACUGAUGGUCAGCUUACCAAAGUAACCAAAACUAGACAAACGGACCUCAUCCAACACAAUUUCCAUCUGUAUUAUAUUAAUAUAUACUAUAAUAGUCUAGUUAAUUAGUAAAAUAUCCGUCUAUAUAUCACAAAGUGACUCCUAAAUGUUAAUAUUUGUCUUUUUUUUUUAUUUGUAACUUAAUACUGUCAUAACCACGAUUAUUUUUGUUCAGUUAAGGUUAUUUUUGAGAUAAUGGAAAAAUUAUUAAUGUAUAGUAGAACAGGAAAAAAGAAAGAGAGAAUAAUUUCACAGUGUGUUGACCAAACUUGUUAAAGCAGAUUGCUGUUUGGUUGAACACGUACGUGGUAUAUGACUGCCUACUACCCACACUACCGGGUGAUGUUAAAAAAAAGCUAGUCAUAGUGUUUAUAUAUGUGUGACCGGUCGGGCCAGGCAGGGCGGGGCCGGUCACUUCUGAUGCCCUAGGGGGACAGGGAGUGCCAUCCUUUUACCACUACCUCACUUUAUAUAGUCAAAUAUUUAUUCUGUGUAUUCAGAAGAAACGUAAUUAUAUUUUGGUCUUUACACAAACAGUAUUUAAUAUGUGUCGAUGAUAACUCUAAUAACUGUUGUAGAUGUUAGUGUAUUUAUUGGUGUCCAAUCGUAGAGACGUCUGUGGUGUAUGGCAGGGUGCUGUCCAGGGUCAUGUCCAGUUGUAGAGAUUUUUAUUGUGGUGUACGACAGGGCGCUGUCGGGCGUCAGCCCUGUUGCCUUAGGUGUAAAUGGGAAUAUAGGCAGAACACUAUGGUUACAUUCCAGUACUCUGGGAAAUAGUCCUAGCAUAGUCUUAGUUAAUACUGUUUAGACAGCCGGAAAAGGGGGCUUCAUUCACUUUGUAUUUCACUCUGUAAUUUUCUGAAUGAUUGUCAGACAAAGUUGGCGGUGGCCAGCACCUGGUCGUACACAAUAACUAAUGUAUGUUUGGUAUUGUAGUCGUAUAUGUUUGUGACAAGUUUAUUACGAAAAACAAAAAACCAGUGUAAGAUGUUGUUUUACUAUGGUUGAACCCUCAACCCAGGGCAUCACAGUCUUUUUGUAAUUUUAUUGAGCAAAGCAUAAUUUAUUAUCAUCAUUGCACUAUAUGUAAAAAAAAUAUAAUAAAAAAAUACAUAUAUAGUACUACAACUAAGGCUGAGAAAAAAAAGUUACAUGAGAAGGGAAAAAUAUACAAACCAUUAAUCUGUAUUGGACAAAUUCAGGGAGUUUUAUCAAAGUUAAAUGUAUAGACACAGUAGCGAUUAGACUGUAUUCCUGUUUGUCCUUGUGGUAGUCAGAACAACAAACUUCUUGAGAUGGUUAUAAAGCGUGUUGUCUAUAAGUGACAAUCGGUGUUAAUAGCAUAAUGGUUAUCAGUCUUUGUUUCUUUGAGUUUUUGACAGAUUUUUGUUGCGAGUUCUUGCAUAAAUUUUUAAACUAAUUUAUUGUACACGCCAACAAGAGUCUUGUGCACUCGCCCCAUAAUUCCACCACAUGUGGUCUCGUAUUACGUCUUAUUUAUUGACCCCGAAGCACGGGUGUCUAAUGUUGAUUUUUCUAAUGGCAUGUGUGUUCUUUUGUCAGCUAUGUUGAUAUUCUGUUUUUCUGUAUAGUGGAGUGAUUUUCCCUCUUCUACACUGUCAUUAGAUUUUUUUUGCAAUAAAAAUUCAAAGGUUGUCCUUAA